AUGGAGGGCAGAAGUGAUAUUUUUCAGAGACUGAAACCCCCAUGUGUGGCGCUCAGUCAGGCCGCCCUCGCCCUGAACGGCGCAAACAAUGACACACAGGAAGUUGUGCAGAGGCUCGAAGAUCUCAAGCAAGUCCUGUCAACGGCCACAGCAAGAUCAGAUAAUCUCGACGCCAAGCUUGCGGACUAUGUCUUCUUCCCCUUGUCACAUGUGCUCAAGGCCAGUCAGAAGGCGUCAAUUCGAUGUCUGGAACUCAGCAUUCAGUGUCUGGCAAUCCUGGUGGAACACGGCUGGCGCUUCCACAUACAGCCUCAGCUGGCUGCGCAAAUCAUGAUUCUCUGCACGCUGAUGGCUGAGAAGAAGCCACAAGGUCUCAUCUCUGCUGAGAGCACAGAUGAGCUGCAAGCAAGUGCUUUGUGGUGCCUACAUCACGUCUUCAGUGCCAUCACACCGGCUUCCGAAGCCAAGAAAGUACUUGCAGCUGAAGCGAACGUCCCUCAGCUUGGCCAAACGAUCAGUACUAUUCUGGACGGCGUCAAUGAUGGAGGGUCGGCAGAUGUCCAGAUGGCUGGAGUGAGUGCUUUGGGAGCACUUGUGAGGAAUAUCGCCACACGAGAUAUGCAGGCCGCCUUUUUGCCUGGUAUUGUUUCUAAGCUCACCAAAGUGCUGACACCACAGACACAGCAACGACGCAAUCAUGUGGUGCUGGUCUCUGGUCUGCAAAUCUUGGCAUAUCUCUUUGAGAGUACCUUGGGUGAUGAUGUUGCCGAUAGUGUUUCCGCACAGAGAUCUAAUGGCCGAGAGCCACCCGAAGCGACUACUCGCGUUAACGGCGAAUGGUUGGAGACUGCGGCUACCCAGCUGAAGCCCGCGCUUGCAAGUAUCCUCCGUCUCAAAGAUCAUCGGAGACUAGAAAACGCAGACAGCCUGAGAUUCAGGCUCGAAGCAGUCGUGAACGGUGACCCAACGAUCUGUUCUUUACUGCAAGAUACUUUGAAUGAUUGGUUGCGCUCCUUGCCGACACGAAUGCAAGCUGCAGACAAUCAGGCCAAGAUCCAGCGCAUGCAGCACAUCAGAACGGCUCGUGAUGUCUUGGUAGACGCAAGCGUAAACACAGAUAUCAUCGAUCGCGAGAUUGCCAGUGUAUUGCGAGAUAGCGUGGUCAUCGUCUUGCAGCUGCCUGGAGCUAAGCAACAACCAUUGCCAACAGUCUCUCAGGUGCAGGCUCUUGACACUGCUGUGAUAGAGACGCAAAGAUCCAAUACGCAUUUCGGUUCUGCUCUCGCGCAAUUUCGAGGCCAAGAGGAGAUUUUGGAUAUGGUACACGAACUUACGAAGACCGUCAGCACCUCUACAAGCUCAAUUGCCUUCAGCGCUGACCUCGCGAGAUCUCUGCGGCAAAGCCACGGAGAUGUGCAGGUUGCCAAUUUCUGGCUGUUGUUAGAAGCAACUCGAUUUGCGCUUGAGCAGAACCGUAACGCUGAUGCUUUUCUCAACUUCGAUGGCAAUAACAGCGGGCGUCAUUCGAAUUUUUUGGAAGAUCUUUUUGCAUUCUCACUGGACAUCUUGACAGAUACCUCCGACGAACCGACAGAUCAGCGUCUUCAAGCACUCGCAUUACAGACCUUAGCACUUCGGGCACAGACCACUGGCCAGGAUUUUUGCUACGAGCUAAUUGAUGCCCUGUAUCCCGUGCUACAUACCCUGGCGACCCCGAGUGAAAGAUUACAGCAAGACAGUAUCGCGACUUUGAACAUCUUUACGGCUUCCUGCGGCUACGGGUCGGUCAAAGACCUGAUUGUUGAGAACGUUGACUACCUCACGAAUGCGGUGGCACUGAAGCUCAAUGCAUUCGACGUCAGUCCGCAGGCGCCGCAAGUACUGCUCAUGAUGGUACGUCUAGCUGGUUCCGGUCUCCUUCCAUAUCUCGAGGAUACCAUUGAUAGCAUUUUCGCCGCGCUCGAGGACUAUCACGGGUAUCCUUUAUUGGUGGAAUUGCUCUUUCGAGUCUUGAGUGUUGUGGCAGAGGAAGGCUCUAGGGCCCCGCAGCUGGCCAUUACUGAUAGCGUGCGUAAAGACCUGCACCAAAUGCGCACGGACAAUUGGGAGCCCACUCAAUGCUCUCAAUUGAGUCAGUUGCUAGCCGAGCGGGCUGCAAGUGAUGCUUUGGUAUGCACACAAGAACGUGCAAGUCUUGAGCCACAUCCACAGAGGCCCUGGAGAAGCGAUCUGAAGAGUAAAGAAGAUACCCUUGCCGAAGAGCAUGAUGAUAUGGAGGAAGAAGAGGAGGAAGAGGACAGCCAAGCACAACCUGUGGAAAUUCCGGAUCCACCACCGCCAGCACCGAAAGUGUACAAUUUGCUGUUGAAGAUAUCUGACCUGACCCAGCAUUUCCUGCCGUCAGCGUCAGCAUCACUCAGGACCUCGCUACUCAUGCUCGUCAAGACCACAACACCAGCCCUGGCACGGCACGACAAUUCCUUCUUGCCUCUCGUCAAUACCCUGUGGCCAGAGAUUGUUUCGAGACUCGAGGAUGAGGAACCAUACGUCGUUGCCACUGCACUCGACGUCAUUGCUUUGCUGUGUGAACACGCAGGCGACUUCAUGCGGAGCCGCAUUCAGCAGCUUUGGCCUGCUCUUCUCGAAAUACAUUCCAGGAUUGUUAAGGACAUUGUUCAAGUUGCUCAGUCCGCCAAAGGAAAGCAUACUCAAGACCGUGGGCCUAGUGCACUCGUGUUGAGCAGCUCGCGAUUGAAACAAGCCCUCAGCCGCAUGCGCGGCGCGCCGGCAGAAUACAGCGAUACAUCAACGAGGCUUGUUUGGACGGCACUCGUCCACCUCUACACAGCGAUCGUGAGAUAUGUGCCCAUUCAGCCCGAGCAGUUCGAUGAAGUGCUUGUCGUGUUGGAGCCUGUUCUCGAUGAUAAUGAUGUCCGCGAAGCACUGGAAGUAGUGAACCCGGACGCAGUCUGGUUGGUUCGACUCAGAAAUGGCGACAUACCGCUUCCAUCAGCAUUAAAACUCCCUCACGGCCUGGCCGACAGGUUUGCCGCUGUUCCAGGGUGA